UUCUAUCCACCCCACUGCGGUCCCGACUCCGGAGGACUUGACCGAUAUUUACUGUAAGCUCCCAGUCUGUUACAGCUGCAGACUGCAGUCAGAGCUAUUCACACAGCCGAGAGGACACUUUGGUCUUUAAUACUACCAACAGUAGCCUACGGAGUUGAACUUGGCGAGAUGUCUCUACAGGCAGAGUUUGAGCGAGUAGCAGAUGAUGUGAAGAAGGUGAAGUCCAGACCUUCAGACCAGGAGCUGCUGGACGUGUAUGGUCUGUAUAAGCAGGCCAUAUUUGGAGACAUCAACAUUGACAAACCAGGCAUGUUAGACAUGAAAGGAAAAGCCAAGUGGGAGGCCUGGGAUUCUAGGAAAGGUAUGUCCAAGGAGGAUGCCAUGACAGCUUACAUCGCACUUGCUAAGGAGAUCAUCAGCAAAUACUAAUAUGAUGAUGAAAUCGUGUCCAGGGUGUGACUAGAAUA